AUGGCCGUCAACCGAAGCAGCUUCAGCUCCAUGUCCAUGUCCCGCGGCAGUGGUGGAGGCGUGGGACGGAUCAGCAGUGGUUUUGGCAGCAGGAGCCUUCACAAUCUAGGGGCCAGCAAGAGGAUUUCCAUGAGCGGAGGGUAUUCUGCUAGACCGGGAUACAGUUAUGGGUCAGGUCACGGCGGGUUGGCAUACAGAAUUGGUGGAGCUGGGUUUGGGUUCGGAGGAGGAUGUGGCCCUGGAGGUAUUCAAGAGGUCAUGGUCAACCAACACCUCUUGGUACCUCUUAACUUGGAGAUUGACCCCAACAUGCAAAGAGUGCGGCAGGAGGAGAAGGACCAGAUCAAAUCCCUCAACAACAAAUUUGCCUCCUUCAUCGACAAGGUGCGGUUCCUGGAGCAACAAAAUAAAGUGCUGGAGACCAAAUGGAGCCUCUUGAAAGACCAAAAAAUUGUGAAAAACCGCCUUGAACCCAUGUUUGAUGCGUACAUCAGCAACAUGAGGAGACAGCUCGAGGCUCUGGGAGGGGACAGGCUGCGGCUCAGCUCAGAGCUGAAGGCUAUGCAGGAUGCUGUUGAAGACUUCAAGAUCAGGUAUGAAGAGGAGAUCAACAAGCGCACAACUGCGGAGAAUGACUUUGUUUUGCUCAAGAAGGAUGCAGAUGCUGCCUACGUGAACAAGGUGGACCUGGGGACCAAGGUGGAUGCACUGACAGAUGAGGUUAACUUCCUGCGAGCUGUCUACGAAGCAGAGCUGUCUCAGAUGCAGUCCCAGAUCUCCGACACCUCCGUGGUCCUGUCCAUGGACAACAACCGCAGCCUGGACCUGGACAGCAGCAUCGCAGAGGUCAAAGCGCAGUACGAGGAUAUCGCCAACCGGAGCCGGGCAGAGGCUGAGUCCUGGUACCAGAGCAAGUAUGAGGAGCUGCAGCUCACGGCUGGCCGGCACGGGGACGACCUCCACAACACCAAGAUGGAGAUCUCGGAGAUGAACCGCACGAUUCAGCGGCUCCACUCGGAAAUUGAUAGUGUAAAGAAACAGUGCGCCAGUCUGCAGGCAGCCAUUGCGGACGCCGAGCA